UUCUCGGAUUCGCCGCCUCUGAUUGGGUAGCGGUUGUCCGGGGUUACGGUAGUUCAACCACGGUCUCCGGCCUGCAAAGCGAGUCAGGCAGUUUAUUAUGAAGGAGACAAACUCCGGGGGGAAAAUAACAUUAAAAACAAGCGGGUUAAAAAACCCACAAAUUCGGGGAAAACGACUAAUUUGAGAUUUAAUUUAACUUUAACUAAACUAAUCUAGAUAUAUCUUUAUCAGUCUUUUCCAUCGUCCCGUUUCUAGGGCGAUAUUUAUAUAACUGUUCACGACAGCAAAGAGAGAGAGUCGUUUUUUUUUUUAAAAAAAAGACAGGAAAAUAAAAUUAAAUAAAUAAAUAAAUAAUAAAAAAUGCCGGUGAAAAUAUCUACGUACAGCAAUGGCGGUGCAAGAUUUCUGUGAGAAUAUAAUACGUUUACAAGUAAAUAAAUAAACCUCAUCAGUCAACAAAAGCCGCUAAGAAAUUAUUAUUAUUUUUUACUUCGAAAAAGGGCGAUUUCUUUUUUUUUAAAUUCUCAGAGAACACAAUGGACCGUAUUUCAUCUUCUUAAUAAUAAUAAUAAUAAUAAUAAUAAUAAUAAUAAUAAUAAUAAUAAUUCACACCGCGUCAGCUCGCGUUAUAAUCGUGUUUGUCUCGUCCGUGCGUAUUUAACAUAACAAUAUAACAGCAAAAGGAGUCUUAUUUCAUUAAAAAAAAUAGAUUAUAAAUAAUUAAAUAAAUAAAUAAAUAGAUAGGGUUAUUUAGAAAAAAAAUGGAAAACGGUCACACAAAAACCGUGGAGGAGGUCUUGACUCAUUUUGGGGUCAACGAAUCGACGGGACUGAGCGCCGAUCAAGUGAAGAAAUCAAAGGAGCGAUGGGGCACUAACGAACUACCAGCUGAGGAAGGGAAGUCUCUCUGGGUGUUGGUUCUGGAGCAGUUUGAGGAUCUGCUGGUCAGAAUACUGCUGCUGGCUGCCUGCAUCUCCUUCACCCUGGCUUGGUUCGAGGAAGGCGAGGGCACCGUCACUGCGUUCGUGGAGCCCUUCGUCAUCCUGCUGAUCCUCAUCGCCAACGCCAUCGUCGGGGUGUGGCAGGUGAGGAGAGGGGCGCUCAUUACCGCACCCUGCUGGUGAGGAGCCCCCUCUGCU